UGUGGCAUGGAACUAUAAAUGGCGUGACCACGCCGCCCGCUGCUCCCAAAGUCUCUUUAUAUGACGCAUGACGCGUAGCUGUGCCGCCCCCGCUCCGCUCUUAGUGUAACCUCCCUGCUACAAUUCCAAUUUUAUGAAUCUCAAUCCGUGGAACUUGUCUUGUUGAAGAUCAUGGCCUCGCCGUCGCCGCAUCUGGUGUUCUCCACCGCCCACGAACUUCAGCAGCAGCUCGCUGACGGUAAAAUCACAAGCGUCGAGCUGGUGGACCUAUUCCUUCAUCAGAUUAAGCGUCAUAAUCACGAAGGCCUCAAAGUUAAUGCCGUCCUAGCGGUGAUGCCGAGAGAGGUGGCUAUCGAGCGUGCCCGGAUGCUGGACCAAGAGCGGCAGGAGGGACGGGUGUGGAGUGUGUUGCAUGGCAUUCCCAUUAUCAUCAAGGAUGCGAUCGUGACAGAUCAGUCUCUUGGAAUGCCUACCACCGUCGGGGCUCAUGCGUUUGCGACCCUCAAGGCAAAAGCCAAUGCCAAGCUGGUCGAUCAAUUAAUAGAUGCCGGGAUAAUAGUCUUUGCAAAGGCGACGCUCACAGAGUUCUGCGGGUUAAAGUCAAACAACACACCCAUGGGAUGGAGUGCCUAUGGCGGGCAGACACUAUCGGCGUAUCGCACAGAGGGCCUGGACGAGAAAGACCAGCCGUUCAGCGCUGGAUCCUCCUCCGGCACCGCCGUAGGCAUAAUCACCGGCUUCUCCCCCAUCGGCAUCGGCACUGAAACCACCGGCUCCAUCGUCUACCCCGCUAGCGCUAGUGGCCUCUACGGCAUGCGCAUCAGCUCCAGGUCUGUUUCGCUCGACGGCGUCUUCAGCCUCAGCAAGAGCUUCGACAGUGUGGGUGGCAUGGCGCGUGAUCCGGCGGACCUAGCAGCCCUGACGGAGGUGCUGCUGACCGAGGAGGCGCGGUCGAGGGUCUCCGAGAGUGGUUACGAGAAGGCGAUGGGGGAGGGGUGGGAGGGAAUGGGCGUGGGCGUUUUGAGUUCAACGUGGGGGGUUGAUGAGUCGAUUGUGAAGGGCAAGUGGGAUCUCCCAAGCGUGGUCGACGUAUACGAGUCGGCCGUCAAGACUAUGGAGUCUCAUGGCUGUCGAAUCGUCUAUCCACUACAGUGUGCGGAUGCAGAUACUCUCAAGUACGAGGAUCUGGAUCUCACAAAACUCGCCUAUCACGAGUUCCCAGCUCAAGUCGAGAAGUUUGUCAACAACUUUGAGCAUGAUGCUGAUAUGACAAAUCUGCAAGAUAUUAUAGCGUGGAACGUGAAGCACAAAGAGAAGGCCAUGCCAGAGCCUUACACCACGCAAACCGAGCUUAUCAAAGCCGCCAACAGCAGCAACAAUAUCACCUUGGAGGUCCACGCCACUGCCGUUCGCGAACUACACCGGCUGGCCGGCUGCGACGGCAUGAGCAAGGUCAUGGACGAGCACGGGCUGGACGUGGUGCUCUCGGCAUCGGAGUCGAGGCUAGUGACGUACGCGGGCUGCGCAGGAUGGCCGAUUGCCACGGUUCCGCUAGGAAACCUAGAGAAGAAUGGGCAGCCGAUUGGCAUGUUUGCGAUAGCGAGAGCAAGGAGGGAGGAUGUGCUGCUGAGGUUCAUGGCCGGGUGGCAUGCCACAUUUAAAGGGGCAGAGCCGCCGGUGGUUCCAGUGUAGGCAAUUGUACCAUUGAAGCAUCGAUUAAGCAGUAAGAGUAUCGUCCCCUUCACCG